AUGCCUGAACAUACACCAGCACCAACACCUAGUAGAGCAGUUUAUGGAUUUGUUCUCUACUUAAGUUUCAAAUUGUUCUUUAUCUUGUAUGUGAUUUGGGCUGUUGUGCCUGAGAAGUAUUUCCCGGCGUUCGGAAUCGAUUUCUUGCCUAAAAGACAUUGGGCAAUCACAGUGCCAAUAUUUUUGUUAACAGUACUCACAAUUUUUGCUUUUUUCAUUUACCCAAGUAUUGGUUUAAUAAUGACUCCCCAUAUUGAUGAUAUGAGGACAAUAACUGAUGAAGUAGGUUCCUUGAGAAAGGCUAAUGGGAAACACUUGGCAAGAAAUGUAUCUAACACAAAUGGAGAGUGCAGUUGUAAAAUAAUAAGUAGGUGUUACAAAGAGCAGUACAUUAAAAAUGAAGCUGUAACUGUGGAUAAAUCCAUUCCAGUUUUAAAGGACCUGAAUAUAUGGGAUGUAUCUAAACAUCUAUAUUUAAAAUAAACUGCAGUUUAUGCCUAUUAUUAUCCUAUAAUAAAAUUAAUUAAGUAAAA